ACCCUUCCGCUUCUCCUUCCCCCUUCCUCAUCGCUCUCGUCCUCGAAGUUAAAUCCAAAGCCAUCCUCCACCGAAGCGGGAGAAACCCCAGCGACGACGAAACCCAAACCCUAGAAAUCGCGAGCUCCAUCGUCCCUUUCGCCGCCCCACUUCCUCUCCCGAAAGAUCUCGCCCUUACUUCCUAUCCUCCUCGUUUUCCCUCACGAUUUUCUCUUUUUUUUUUUUCCUUUUCGAUUUUUUUUGGCGUUGGUUGCAGGAAGGAUAGACGGUUUCCGAGGAAUGGGUUCUUCUUCCGAGAUUUUUCCUGCUGGGUUUUGAUUUGUUCUGGUCUAACGCCUGUUUCCUGUUCUGGAAUUAGGGUUUCGUCUGGCUCUCAACUGAGUUCUCGAUCGCCUACGGUGGUUGCGCCUGCGGAGCCCAUUCCCCGGCUGGUGAACAUAAACUUAAAGUCAGGAUUACAGCUGUUUAGAGAGUAUGGCAUCACAAUAUCCGGUGCUCAACAACAGACCCAUUGAUCAAUGGAAGGUUACAGAGUUAAAAGAAGAGCUGAGGAGGAGGAAAAUCCCUGUAAGGGGUCUGAAGGAGGAACUGGUAAGGAAGUUAUUUGAAGCAAUUCGCAAUGAAGAGGUGAUCAAAGAGCAAGAAACUGGUGAUCAAGUGCAAUCGGAUUGUCCUGAUCCGACUCUUGAUGGUGAUGGCGAUCAAAAGCAAGCAGAAAACUCAGCAGCAGAUCAUACCAACAUUGUUCCGGAUCCAAUUGGACAGAGUCACUGUGAUACCAGUGCUAUUGACAUCAAUUGUUCAGACGUCAUUCCGGAUCCAGUUGGAAAAACUGACUGUGAUGCCACUAUCACUGACAUUGACAUCAAUCGAGAGAUCAAGGUUCAAGAUGCCAUAACAGCUAUUUCAGGAUUGGAUGCGACAGUUAUGGAAACACAAGCCAAUACAGUUCUGUUGGAAGACAGUACAACUGAAAGCCAGACUGUGAUCACUCAAUACGACUCCCGUGUCAUGGUUUCAAGAGCUGAAGAAAAACAAGAGGAAGAAAAGCAAGAAGACUCGAACGUACCUGAUGAGGAUAUCAAGCCCAGCCUUUCAGAUUUGGACAAUCAGGUAUCUGUGGUCAGCCCAGAUUUAGGUUUCCAGGUUAAGUGUGAGUCAAUUCCUAUUGAUUCUGUGUCAAUUGUUGAAAAGAAUAAACUAAAGGAUAAUUUAAAUGCUGAUGACUUUCAUUUAGAGCAAGAAGUUGUUAAGCCGGAGAUGGUUCAACCAUCAUCCAGCAGUGUUCCUUCCGUAGGUGGCGAUUUGCAGUCACUGGGUGAUGGUAAAGAGCUGCAGUCGUUGGAUGAUGAUAAAGACCUGCAGUCAUCGGGUGAUGAUAAAGAGCAAGUAAAGCACCUAGUCUCUUUGGAAGAUACAGAUGUCAAAAGCAGUACAAAUUUCAAUCUCAGCAAGGAAGAUAACAUAGAUGAAGGAUCUCCAGAAAAAUUGAACUUGGAUAGGUGUUCGAGUGAUGAAUUGAUGGAGGAGGAUGUCUUGGAAAGCAAGCAAAUUGAUCCCAACAUGAAGUCUGAGGAACUAGCAGAAAAAACUGAGGUGAAACAGGAGCCUGCUAUAGGAGUGAGAACAAAUAUUAAAGAUGGGUUGGGUGAGUCUAUUCCAGACAAUAAAGAUACUGUUGAUGAAGACCAUAGGAAGCCAGAAGGUUCUACCGAAAAGAGAAAACUAGAAGACCAAGAAGCUGUUGGAAGCAGUGAGCCUCCGAAGAGGCAACGCCGCUGGAAUUCAGAAACCAUAAAAGUUCCUGAACAAGCAUCCAAUCUUGGUACAUCAAGUACACCUAAGGAUGCAUUUCAACCAACUCCUAGACGGAUAUUCCCGAAGUCUGAUUCAAAGCCCAGCGGAGAUGCCCAGAAGGAACGCAUUGUGCCUCCAUCACAGAAGCCUGCAACCACUUCACUGAGAAUUGACAAGUUCUUGCGUCCCUUCACUUUGAAAGCAGUUCAAGAACUGCUUGCAAAAACUGGAACCAUCUGCAGUUUCUGGAUGGACCACAUCAAAACCCAUUGCUAUGUGACCUAUUCUUCGGUGGAGGAAGCCAAUGGUACACGAAAUGCUGUUUACAAUCUCCAGUGGCCUCCCAAUGGUGGGAAUCUUCUGAUCGCAGAGUUUGUUGAUCCCCAAGAAGUCAAGGCACGUGUUGAUGCCCCACCGCAAUCACCGGCACCUAUCAGCCCAAGCCCGAGCGCAGCCAAGGCUACAAACUUUCAACCACCUCAGGCAGCCCAACCCCCUACUCGUCAACAUUCUUUUAGGCAGCAGCUGCCUCCUCCCCUUGCAAAACCUCCGACACUGUCUGAUGCACCUACCGUAAGAGAGCGACUUCCCCCGCCACCGCCGCCACCUUCCACGGAGCCAGAACCACCUGCAUUGACACUUGAUGAUCUCUUUCGAAAAACCAAGGCUACCCCCAGGAUCUAUUACUUACCCUUGUCCGAAGAAGUGGUAGCAUCCAAGCUUGCAGCACAGGGCAAAGGCAGCAUCAAGGGAUAGGUAGAGCUCCAAGCUGCAGCAAGAAAGUAGUUUGUUUGUUAAAUGGUGUGUAGUUUUGCAGACAACUUGAUGCCUAUAGGUCCAGAUGUUUGUCAGAUGAGAGUCCCAUCUCUCUUAUUCAGAUCUCCAUUAGGUUUUUAUCAUCUGCUGUCCUGUGAGAGACCAACCAGCAGGGAAAAUAUAUUCAGUAGUUAGUAAAAGGACAUGUUGUAGCGUAGCUUAGCUGCUGAGACGACGGUAUGAUGUAAGGGUACUCUUUUAUGCUUCUUGCUGAGUAGAGUAGUUUAGCACUAUCCAA